CAUCUGAAUGGACCGUAUUCGCCGGAAAUUGGGAUCGAUUCCCAUUUCAGUUGGGUUGAGGGCAUUGAGGGCUCCCUGGACGCCUAAUGUACGUAUUGCAUUCGUGCGCCACGGGUCUGCUGUAGCAUACGCCGAUGAAGCACCUGCAGCAGCAGCUCCCGAACCGCCUGGGAUUGUCCUUCGGGACUACCAGGAGGAAUGCAUCCAGUCGGUCUUGGAUCACCUGAAGCAGGGCCACAAGCGUCUGGGGAUUUCACUUGCAACUGGCGCGGGCAAAACGGUCAUCUUCACCCAGCUCAUCGGACGCGUUCCGCCGCGCAAUGGAAAGCACGACAAAGCGCUGAUCCUCGUCCAUCGAAGGGAGCUCGUCGAACAAGCUGCCCGGCAUUGUCGACUUGCCUAUCCCGACCGAACCGUCGAGAUUGAGAUGGGCAAUACCGUGGCAACCGGACAUGGGGACAUAAUCAUCGCGUCGGUGCGGAGUCUAACGUCGAAGGACCGGAUCGAGAAAUUCAACCCCGCACAUUUCAAGCUGAUCCUGGUCGACGAGGCGCAUCAUAUCGUCGCGCCCACCUAUCGCACCGCAUUGGCUCAUUUCGACCUCAACGAAGCUUCGUCCAAUUCUCCCGUUCUUGUUGGGGUGUCGGCCACGUUCUCACGCUUCGAUGGCCUCAAGCUCGGCGCCGCCAUUGAUCACAUCGUGUAUCACAAGGAUUAUAUGGAUAUGAUUGACGAGAACUGGCUUUCGAAUGCCGUGUUCACGACCGUUCGCUCCCAAGUUGACCUAGCGAGGGUCAAGAAAGACAAAUUCGGCGAUUUCGCCGUCGGCUCCCUCUCCGAAGCAGUCAACACGGAUAAAACCAACGACAUUACGGUGCGAGCAUGGCUAGCCAAUGCGGAAGGCCGCAAGUCUACCUUGGUAUUCUGCGUGGAUCUGGCGCACACUAAAGAGCUCACGGCGAAAUUCCGGAGUCUGGGUAUCGAUGCCAGAUAUAUCACGUCGCAAACCCCCAAGGAUGUCCGCGAUGAGCAGCUGCGCAGCUUCAGGAACCUGGAGUAUCCGGUGCUUCUGAACUGUGGACUCUUCACCGAGGGCACUGACAUACCUAAUAUUGAUUGUGUACUACUUGCAAGACCGACCCGUUCUCGCAAUCUCUUAAUUCAGAUGAUUGGAAGAGGGCUGCGGUUGUUUCCUGGCAAGAAAGACUGCCAUAUAAUCGAUAUGGUGGCCACACUCGAAACUGGCGUCAUUUCCACACCGACUCUUUUCGGACUACACCCGGAUGAAAUACUGGAGAAGACAAAAGUGAAGGAUAUCAAAGAGAAAAAAGACGACGAGAACAACAAUUACCGAGAGCAGCCAGACUCAAAGCUCCCGGAUUCCUAUGCCGAGGACCCUGCUCAAUCGGGCAACAUCAAGCUCACCUUCACCAAGUAUGACACGAUCUAUGACCUCAUCAAUGACAUGAAAUCCGAUAGACAUAUUCGCUCUCUGAGCCGCUACGCCUGGGUUCGGGUCGCCGAGCAUCGAUACGUUCUCUCCGGCACAGCGGGAUGGCUCACCAUUGAGAAAGAGUCGGAGCGGCAGCCUGAAGAAUGGACAGUGCACCAUGUCCUGCAAUACGGAUUAUCCCAAGAGGUUAGAAAAUAUGCCCGACCUCGUCUUAUCGCCUCCGUAGCGGACUUUGAAGCGGCCGUUCGCGCUGCGGACACAUUCGCUGGUGCUGAGUUCGAGGAGCGAUACAUCUCUGCCCAUCAGCCAUGGCGUCGGCAACCGGCCACGCCGCCUCAGCUUGAGAGGCUUAACAAGGCCAAGAUCCGUGAUGGUACAAUUACGGCCAAGGAUAUCACCCGAGGACAGGCGGCGGAUAUCAUCACGAAGCUAAGGCACGGUGGCAAGAAGCGAUUUGCUAAGAAGAUCAAGGAACGACAGGUCGCAGCAGAUAAGGCUCGAGAAUUUGAGGAUCUGAAGAGAAGGACAGAGGUGAAGGUCGGGCCCUUGGAAAAUUAAGAAGAUCGGCAGUGUGAUGAUUGAUCUAUUUGUCUUUGGUUACACGCCCAGGACUAUAGGGUUCAUCUACAUCGAGUCAUGCGAUGACAAGUCCCGUGAUGUUGACCAAGAG